ACCGGCCGACCGUUAUGCGGUUUUAUACGUCUGGCGUUAGCCACAUGUCGUCGAGGGUGUUGUGCGAACACGCAUAUGAUCUCGAACUCAGCUUUUACGUUCAGUGCAAUACAGGCUACGGUUACAGCGGCAGAACCAAGUUAUCUCUCACCGUUGCUGGCGACCGGUAUCUGCAUACUAAGUCCGCGCAUCAAGUGAAACCAUGUUGUAUGGCGUUGGCUUGGUCCACAGCACGCGCACACAAGCAGAUAUGGGCUGCGGGCUGCACAAUGUGAUGGAAACGGUCAUGACUGCAGCAACCUAGACACUGUGCUAGAAUCUGGUAUCGACUGACGGCGGAGACGGGAAACACCGCCACCAUGGCGGAGGUGGUGGCGGCAGAGGAGAGUUCAAAGGCUCUAAAGGAUCUUUUCGCUGGAGCGGUUGGAGGCAUAGCUCAAGUUCUGAUAGGCCAACCGUUUGAUAUUGUCAAGGUUCGCUUGCAGACAACCUCGCAAUACACGGGCGCUUUGGACGCAGUGACGAAGAUUCUUGCGAAUGAAGGUGCACUUGCUUUCUACAAAGGUACCACAACACCAUUGAUUGGGAUCGGAGCCUGCGUGUCCGUCCAAUUCGGUGCCUUCAACUACGCUCGGCGUGCGUUUGAAGCUCAGAAUGCCCGAUCAAGGCACGGGGCGGACUCUACGCUAACCUACGGGCAAUAUUACCUUGCGGGCGCAUUGGCUGGCCUUGCGAAUACACCUCUCAGCUCGCCGAUAGAGCACGUACGUAUCCGCAUGCAAACGCAGCCGCACGGUGCUGGCAGGCUGUACCAAGGCCCGCUUGAUUGCAUCCGAAAGCUUUCGCGAAGCCCGAGCGUGGCCAUGGGCUUAUACAGAGGUACCUCCGUAACAUGGCUUCGGGAAGCACAAGCCUAUGGUUGCUGGUUCCUGAGCUUCGAGUACAUGAUGCAGUCAGACGCCAAGCGCAACAGCAUUACCCGCAAGGAGAUCCCAACGUGGAAAAUCGCCGCAUACGGCGGCCUCGCGGGCGAAGUACUCUGGAUCGCCAGCUACCCAUUCGAUGUUAUCAAGUCGAAGAUGCAGACUGAUGGCUUUGGUCCGAAUCAGCGAUACAAGACCAUGCGUGAUGCCUUUGCGCAGACAUGGAGGCAAGAAGGCGCGAUGGGCUUCUGGAGAGGAAUAGGUCCGACGCUGCUGAGAGCUAUGCCUGUCAGUGCUGGAACGUUUGCGACAGUGGAAUGGACGAUGCGGCUGAUCUCGUAAGCACGCAAUGGUGCGUAAGCGUUGCAGUCAAGGUACUAUCCAUGAGAGUUUUAGAUCAGCU